AUGUAAAAUAAUGCAAUCUCGAAUUCCCUUUACUUUACCAAGCACACUCAUUUUAAAUAAAAUAUUUAUCGUGGAUAUUUUGUGUUUAAAAAUGCAAAUUUUAGCAUAUUAGAAACUAGAAACAAAUUGAGAUAUGAUAGCAAGCAUUCUGAACCUGAAGAGUAAGUCUUUGUUUCAAGUUCUGUCUAAUAAAUACCAAGUUAGAGAAGAAUUACAUGUGAUAACUCUAAUAUUGAAGAUUCAUAAAUAUAACAUAUUGAUAAAAAAGGAAUUAAUAAGAGAUAUAUGACUAAUCUAAAACUUAUGCAAAAAGAAUAACAAAUUUUGCCAUAAUUGUCAUCAACAUAAUAAGUAGUUAGAAUGAAAUUGUAAAGUCGAUAAUUAAAAGCUAAACCAAUUAUCAAGAAACAAAAAAGUUUAGAACAUGCUAUCUAAUUACGUUAUUUAAAUAAAUAAUAUGAAGAAUUACAAAAAGGUAUUAUGAUUAAAUGUCUCUUUAUAAAUAUCAAUAAUAGAGAGGAAUACUUAGAUAAAGUUAUUAUUUUGAAUUUUGAAAGUAUAGUACAAUUUUGAUUGAUUAGAUUUAUUAUUAUAAUCAAAAAGGAACUUUUGGGAUCAUAAAACUGAUCUGAAAAUCUGCCAUUCAUUUUUAAUAGGUAGCGUAAUUGAACAAUGCGAUAGUCCUUAUUGUCCAUGUACAUUAAGAAAUGAUCUCAAAAAUACUCUAAGAAUGUAUAAUAUCUUUUUAUUUUUAUAUAUAUUUCUUAGACUUUCCAAAGCUUAUCUAAUAGUUUUCCUAUUUACAAGUUAGACAUUUGCUUAAGUAUGGUAAAAAUAUUUAUAAGAUAAUGGAUAUAUAUUUGAUGCAAUCUAUAUAUCUAAAUAAUAAUCUCAAUAAAUAGAAUGUGGAGGUAUUAAAUUAAAUAGAUUACUAAGAGAUUUUAAUAAAUUUAAAAUAACUAAAAUACUUAUAUUUGAUUCUAUUGAUAUUACUAAUACUUAUCCUAAAAUACCUGCUGAUCAAUUUUAGUAUAAAUUACCUAUAUAUGGAACAGAUAUAGAAACAUUAUUAUUCAUAUUUUAGUAAAUUUAGAAUCCUAAAUAAUUUGAUUCUAAAGUUAUUUUUGAUAUUUGCACUUCUCUUUAUAAUGAUUAAAAUGUAAUCAUUAGUAGAAAACCUAUUACUAUUUUAUCUAUAGACCUUACUUAUGCCUAUACUUAUUUCAAUUAGAAAGAGGAAUCAUAUUAAGAUAAAUUAUAAAUUUUAUCUAAACUAUCUACAAUAUAAGAAGAAUUCAAUAAAAACAUCAUUCAAUUUGAUUGCAGUUUAUUAUAAGAACAAGAGGAUUAAGUAUAUAAAUGGGUUGAUACUACUCGUAAUAGAGUUUUAGAUUAAAUUAAAUCAAAAUUUUAAGAAAAAAUACCAUUAUUACAUUUUACAGUAGGAGAUUUAAUUGUUAGAAAUCAUAAAUUCAAAAAAUUAUACUUUAAUUAUCCUUAAUCAUAAUUAAUUUAAAAAGAAUACUAAUUAAAUAAAAAAAUUGUUAAAAUAGACACAGAAACUUCAGGAAAUCAAAAUAAAUAAAAAAAUUAAUUAUUAAUUAACUGCUUUCUAUGUAUAGAAUGA